AUGGCGGGGCCGAAGGACCCGAGGACCGACGAGGCCGAGCGAGCAAACCUCAACGACAAAGCCCUCAAGCGUCUCGACCGCCAGAAGUUCCUCCAGGAGCAGCUAACCGACGAGCUCGUCACCCUCGCUGGCAGGCUGCGGCAGAAUGCCUUCGCGGUGCACUCGACCGUGCAAGAGCGCGGCGCGUGCCUCGAGGACGCAGACAAAGCCCUCGAGGCGUCCCACGCGGGCGUCACGAAGCUCAACGCCAAGACCCACGCGCGCGCGAAGCGGCAGUCUGUUGGCCUGUGUACGCAGCUCCUCGUGAUGCUCCUCGUGAUCGCCGUCUUCCUGGGCACGCUCGUGUUCAUACGCGCGACGUACUUCUUCGGGUACCGCGCCGGCCGCCGCGCCCCGAUCCGCCCGAACAUCGACCAUGACGGACAUCGCGCCUUCGCCCCGCCGCAAACGCGCAGCGCGCCGGCGCCGGACGACCUCCGCCGGGCAGAACGCGCCCGUCCCGACGCCGCGCACUCCGAGCUGUGA